CAGAAAGAAUUGUCAGACUCAAGUCACCUACACUCCUCCUCCUUCUCCACCCAAGGACAACCUCAACAACCAACACCAUGUGUGGCUACUACGGAAACUACUAUGGCGGCCGUGGCUAUGGAUGCUGUGGCUACGGAGGCCUGGGCUAUGGCUAUGGAGGCCUGGGCUGUGGCCUUGGCUCCUACUAUGGCUGUGGCUACCGCAGACUGGGCUGUGGCUAUGGCUGUGGCUACGGCUAUGGGUCCCGCUCUCUCUGUGGCUGUGGCUAUGGCUAUGGCUCUGGCUUUGGCUACUACUACUGAAGACUCCAGCAGGGAUCCCAACCCUGUACACCUGUGACAUUGGCAUCCAUCAAUUCUGAACUCACCCAUUCUGAGCCUUACACUUGGAUGAAGAUGGAUCAGCCUACAAUAAAAUUCUAGUAUUGUCUAGUUGUUAUCUAUCAUGCUUGUUCUCUCAAUUUUCCUCACUUGACCCCUGUCAACUCUCUUUUCAUCAGGAUUAUGGUGUCACAGAAACUGUCUUGAUUACUUAUAUGCUGGAUUAUAUUUCUCUCUUGACCCAAUAAACUUAUUUAAUCCAAAUA